AUGAAUAUUGAAAUGGAGGCGUUGCAAAAAAAUAAUACAUGGGACAUUGUUAAUCUACUAAAAGGAACGAAGCCCGUAGGAUACAGAUGGAUGUUUUCAGUUAAAUAUAAUGCAAAUGGUAUUAUGGAGAGGUACAAGGCAAGAUUAGUAGCUAAAGGGUUCACUCUGACAUAUGGAGUUGAUUAUCAUGAUAUUUUUGCACAUGUGGCUAAGAUGGAUACUGUUAGAGUUUUGUUGUCCUUAGCAGUAAACUUGGAUUGGACCCUGAGGCAAUUUGAUAUAAAAAAUGCAUUCUUACAUGGUGAACUAGAAGAAGAAGUGUACAUGAGUCUUCCACCAGGGUAUAGGGUUACCGGUGAAACAAGGAACGUGUGCAAAUUGAAAAAGGCACUGUACAGGUUAAAACAGUCUCCUCGGGCAUGGUUUGGCAGAUUUACCACAGCUAUGAAGAAGUUUGGUUACCGACAGGCCAAUACUGAUCAUACUCUAUUCAUUAAACAUAGGGUUGGGAAGGUGACUUUGCUGAUUAUUUAUGUUGAUGAUAUGAUUAUGACUGGUGAUGAUACUAUAGAAAUCGAGGAACUGCAUAAAUGUUUAGCAUCGGAAUUUGAGAUCAAAGAUUUGGCCAAUCUGAAAUAUUUUCUAGGAGUGGAAGUCACUCGAUCUAAACAUGGCUUAUUUCUUUCACAAAGGAAGUAUGUCAUGGACCUGCUAGCAGAUACAGGAAUGCUUGAUUAUAAACCAGCUCAAGGGCGGAGCCACACUGGGACCAGUGUGGUCCCAACUAACAGAGAAAGAUACCAAAGGUUGGUUGGGAGAUUGAUUUAUUCAUUAUUGACACGCCCUGAUAUUGCCUAUGUUGUAAGCGUUGCUAGCCAAUUUAUGUAUUCACCUAGUGAGGAUCAUAUGGCUAUUGUGAUGCGUAUUCUGAGUUACUUAAAGUCUGCUCCUAGGAGAGGUUUAUUAUUUGAGAAAAAUGGUCACUUGGAUCUAGAAGGUUACACUGACGCAGAUUAUGCAGGGAAUAUUACAGAUAGACGUUCUACAUCAGGUUACUUCACCUUUGUUGGUGGUAACCUAGUUACGUGGCAUAGCAAUAAGCAAAAUGUUGUGUCUCGGUCCUCUGCAGAGUUUGAGUACAGAGGGAUUGCCCAAGGGUUUUGUGAAAUACUGUGGUUGAGGUGGUUACUUGCUGAAAUUAGGUUUAGACCGAAUGCUGCUACAAAGCUCCACUGUGAUAAUCAGUCUACAUUUGAAAUUGUUAAUAAUCCGACGCAACGUGAUUGA